AUGGCCUCCCAAACUCCAAUCUUUGUUCUAGAUGAAAAUUUGCCCUUCCAUAGGGGCAAAGGUGUCGAUAGUAUAAAGGCUGAUGUGCCCAAGCCUGCAAAGCCAGCACGUCAUGAACGGAAAGCUUUGCAAGAUCUUUCGAAAGCUGGAAAGCUUCUGCCAGUGGGUGCACAAAAGGGUUAUACUUUGAAGGAUAAGGCUGCAGUUCGUGGUCAUGAGAACCCCAAGAAUGCCUCGAAGAAUAGUUUUCUGACUGCCGAGGAAAUAAGGAAAUGUCAUGAGUGGGCCAAGGAGGGAAUUGAGCAUGCCCAUUUUACAGGAACUGAGCAGCGAAAACCACAGAGAGAAAAGGAUGAAGAACGUGUGAGAAAGAAAGUGGAUAAAGUAAUGUCUGCACUUCGUGAAUGGACUGACAUGGCCUAUAAUUUUGGAUUGCUAGUGGUGGAUGCUGCUGAUACUACUGAAGACAUCAUGAAGUUAGAGCCAGAGAUGCUUCCUCUCAGGGCCAGAUCUCACUUGAAUUCAGAUAAUGACAAAUUAGAGGAUCUUCUUCUGGAACCUGAGCUUGACUGGUACUCAUGUGUAGAUGAGACAUUUGAGCUCAAGCUCAAAGACGAUGUAGAUGGCGAACUUACUUGCAUGUAA